CCCCGAACUGAGGGGCACGGCACUGAGCUCAGUAUGCUCCCUUUCCCCCCUCUUCGCAAUCUGUUAAUAUUAUUGAUUUUUUAGACUCAAAAAGCACACAAUAUUAUUAUCCUAUCCAAUUCAAUUCAAUUCAAUCGAAACACGCGAAAAUGCCUACCCGCCGCAUCGCCCAGAUCGUCCACCUCAAACCCUCCGCCGUCGCCGCAUACAAGGAAUGCCACGCAAACGUCUGGCCAGAGGUCCUGCAGCAGAUUAAAGACUGCAAUAUUCGUGAUUACUCGAUAUUCUUCGACAACGACCGCACAAUAUUCGCCACAUUUAAGUACGUCGGAGAUGACUUUGAUGGGGACAUGGCGAAGAUGAAGGCGAAUCCGAAGGUGAGGGAGUGGUGGGCUAUGACGGAUGGGAUGCAGGAGAGUCCUAUCCCUGGGGCUGUGAGCAGUGCAGAGGGGCCUGGGUGGUGGAAGGUUUUGGACGAGGUGUUUUAUACGGAUUGAGUGGAUUGGCUUAAAAAGUAUCAACAUGUACAAUGUAGAGUUGUUAUUCCUCAAUAUGGACAUUCCAACCAAUGCCGGCCGCUGGUGGCAGUCAGAUGGUCAACUUCUAGUUA